AUGGCUUUGAAACCGGUUCUUGGAUUCAAGGAUUUUGAAAGACUUGCCAGGUCAAUUGGUACGUUCAAGGAAGACGCGAGUCAGGAUUCGUGUCGGCGUUUCAAGAGUUGGAAUACCAAUUCGUUCAAGUUCUACCUGGACUUUGUUGUUACAGAUUACAAUAUCACCGAAGACACUCACAGAAGUUUAUUUCUGAAAUGUCUAGAUGAAGGUAUACGUAUGCGUCUGGAGAACGUUGUACUGCCAAGGGAAAUCACAGACUUCAACGUCGAACAACUUAUUGAGAAGAGUCAGAUGUUCUUCCAGCGUGAGUGCAAUGCAAUUGUAGAACGAGUGAAAUUACAUAGGCGAAUUCAACGGGAAGAAGAGGCUGUACAGGAGUACGCCGAAGGAUUGAAACGAAUCGCAACGAAUUGUUCAUUCAAGGCAGGAGAAUACGAAGACAGAUUGAGAGACAUUUUUGUGGCAGGGCUUAAAGAUGACUCUAUUGUACGAAAGAUGUAUGAGAAAGAAGACUUACUGACGCAACCAUUGGAUAAAGUGAUUCUCCUGGCUAAGACGUUGGAAGGAGCAAGAGAUAGUGUUAUGGCAACACGUGAGGCAACGACAGAAUCGCAAGGGAAAGUUUGUCAUCUACAAGGAAGAAAAUAUGUGAAGGGAGGCAAACCUUACAAUAAACGUCACCAGGCCGGACGAGGGUUUGUCUGUUUUCAAUGCGGAGAAGAAGGACACUAUCAAUGGGAAUGUACGAAGAAGACGACGAAGAACCAAGAAAAAUCAUUGGGAUUUAGGCAUGGCAAAGUUGCUAAACCAGGAGAUAAGGUAGAUUUAGAAGGAAGCUCGUCUCAGGAGGAUGAAGAAUCAAGUUAUUGCAUUGACUCUGUCACAAAGAAUGUUUACUGUGCAGAAACUGUUCGUGAUACAUUAAGGAAACUCGAAGUGAAGGUACGAGUGGAUGACUGUUUCUUAACUUUUAGAGUUGAUACAGGAGCGGACGUUUCCUUGAUGGAUGAGAUAGCGUGGAAUAAAUUGGGACAGCCCAAGUUGAGUAAGGAGAGGGAGCAGCUACGAAAUGCUUCGGGUCGAAUCAUGAGAUUUAAGGGCAUGAUGACAGGUCAGGUUAGAUUUUGCAACAACCUUGCACCUAUUCAAUUCUACGUGAGACAAGGAAAAGGCUCAAACCUGCUGGGAAUGGAUUGGGUGAAAAAGGUUGGGAUGGCGACAGUGUGCAUAGACUAUCUUAAAGCUAUGGGAAACCAUGGUGGUGUAAUGUUGACAGAAUCAAGUGAGAUUGCAGCACCAGUGGAGAAACUAUUACAGCAGUUCUCAGAAUUAUUUACAGAUGAACUGGGUUGCUGCAGUGAGAUUGUGGGCAUCUCUGUGCGACCAGAGGCGGAUUUGAAGAUCGAGAAGGAAUUGGAAAGGAAUGUGAAAAACGGUGUAUUAGAACCAGUUAACAUCGCUCUAUGUGCUCUUCCAACAGUGAACAUUGUUAAACCGAACGGUGAUAUCAGGAUAUGCGGUGAUUUUAAACUCCUCAAUUGGAUUAUGGUAGUUGAUCAAUAUCCAAUCCCUAUACCAGCAGAGAUGUUUAGUUCCCUAGCUGGGGGUAAAAUGUUCUCCAAAAUUGAUCUGAAGGAUGCUUACAACCAGUUACGGGUGGACGAGGAAAGUCAAAAGUGGCUGGUGAUUAACACGCACAAAGGACUGUUCAAAUAUAGACGAUUACUGUUUGGAAUCAGUUCAGCGCCUGCCAUUUUCCAGAGAACAAUAGCCAACGUCUUGGAAGGCGUGAGAGGAAUUUGCAUCUAUAUGGAUGAUAUUCUUAUCUCAGGAAAAGAUGAGCAAGAACACAUGCAGAAUUUGUCCCAGGUAUUUCAAAAGUUACAGCAUCAUGGUUUCCGUAUUAGAAGAGACAAAUGCUCGUUCUGUCAACCAUCUGUGCAAUAUUUGGGACAUAUAAUUGACAGCUCAGGAAUCAGAGUAUCAAAUGAAAGAGUUAAAGCAAUACAAUUGAUGAAAGCACCUAAAGACCACCGUACUCUACCUCUAAAUCAACUGCUGAAGAAAGAUACAAAACGGAACUGGUCAUCAAUACAAGAAAGUGCUUUUCAAAGGGUGAAACAAGAGUUAACAUCUCUACCAAUACUGGCAAAAUAUGAUAUGUCUCUUCCUGUGGGACUAGCCUGUGACGCAAGUGAAAAAGGCUUAGGAGUAUGUUUGUUCCAAGUGACAGAAGGGAAGAGCAUCCAGUGGCGUAUGCGUCAAAGUCUUUGA